AAAAACGUUUCAUUCUCUCUCACACGUCUCAUUCUGGCCGGUGCCCUUCUCUCUCUCUCUCCCUCUCUUAUCAACCUUUUUUCCAUUCCUCAAAUCUCCAUUGAUACUUCAUACAACUGUCCUACUUUAUCUCUCUUCUUUCUCUCUCUAAGCAGUUUUUUUUCUCUCUCACGGAAUCCCAUGACUAACGGCCGUUUUUUUCAACACUAUAAUACUCCUACUCUGUCUUAAUUUAUUAACACAACAAAAAUCUCCAUUUUUCUUUCAUUGAUCAAGAACCCAAAAAAAAUAAAAAAAUAAAAAAAAUUCAAACUCAUUUCAUUGAAUUUCAACUUCUGAAUUUGAGAUUCAGUUUCUGGGUAUUAAUUUCAGCUUCUGGGUAUUUAAAAAUAACGCAACAUGAUGUUUGAUCUGAACAUUGGUGAAAUGAACAACAACCUCAACCACGACAACAACAUAGUUUCUAACAAUGAGACUAAUAAGGAGGAGAGAGAAAACUCAAUGAAAGAUGAAGAAGGUUCAGCAACCAACACUGAGCUAUCAGGUACAUCCUCAGCUUCUUCCUUAGUCAACGCCGGCGCCGACGAGUCUCCGAUCUCCGGCACCGGAGAGUAUGACUUCUUCUCAAAGCCGCCUCGAUACGAAGACAACAUAUCGCCGUUCAUUACUCGGCAGCUCUUUCCGAUGAAUGACGAAAACGACAACAAUGGACAAAAAAUGAGUGUAUCAAUUGCUAGCAAUUAUGGUGAUGGUAAUCGAGAUAUGGAGCUUCUAAGACUUGGAUCAUCGUCUUCAUCAUCGAGCCGAAGCUCGGUGAAUCAAAAUCAGUGGCUGAACCUGUCAGUUUUAGGUUCGGGUCCGGGUCCGGGUGUGGGUUCGGAUCAGCAAAAUAAUGUGAAGCAGCAGGUUAGGAAGAGUAGGAGAGGGCCAAGGUCAAGGAGUUCUCAAUAUAGGGGUGUUACGUUUUACCGGAGAACUGGUAGAUGGGAGUCUCAUAUAUGGGAUUGUGGAAAACAAGUGUAUUUGGGUGGAUUUGACACUGCUCAUGCUGCUGCUAGAGCAUAUGAUAGAGCAGCAAUUAAAUUCCGUGGAGUUGAUGCUGAUAUUAAUUUUACUAUUGCUGAUUAUGAGGAAGAUAUGACACAACAGAUGAAAACCUUAAGCAAGGAAGAAUUUGUGCACAUCCUUCGGCGUCAAAGCACCGGCUUCUCUCGAGGAAGUUCGAGGUAUAGAGGUGUAACGCUUCACAAAUGUGGCCGGUGGGAAGCUAGAAUGGGUCAAUUUCUUGGCAAGAAGUAUAUAUAUCUUGGCUUAUUCGACAACGAAGUAGAAGCCGCAAGGGCUUAUGAUAAGGCAGCUAUACAAUGUAAUGGAAGAGAAGCAGUUACCAAUUUCGACCCUAGUUCAUAUGAAGGGCAGAUACCGAUUAUGGAAGCAAACAAUGAUGGCGAUGGGAAAAAUCUAGACCUGAAUCUUGGAAUUUCGAUCACCAUAGACAGUCCACAAGGAUGCAAUGAUAAGGGUGUAGGAGGAUCACAAACUCCGCAUCUUCCUCUUCACCUUGCCAGUGGAAAAUGGCCUGUGAAUGGAAGCUCUACCUACUUAUCUCCUGGUGCACCUCCGCUCUAUGGUCAGCCAUUGGCAUCGAGACAGUCUACUACUACGUGGUCUGGUCUACCACCAGGUCGGUCUGGAACUUAUGAGGACAAAGUUGGUGAUCAUCAAAAGCUGGAGACAAUGUCAGCUGCAGCAAGAUUGCCAAACUGGGCAUGGUACAUGCAAAACCAAGGUCAAGGUGGAAGUGGAGGUGGAGUUGGUGGUACUGCAAACCAAGUCCAACUAUUUUCAAAUACCGCAGCAUCAUCAGGAUUCUCAUCAUUUUCUACCACCACUGGUUCAUCCGCGGGCUAUCCAUUUACAAAUCCACAUAAUGACUUUCAUAAUCAUGGUCGUGGUCGAUGACACAAGGCUUCCAACAGUUUUUUUCCUAUGCCAGAUAUCUGAUCUUUCUCACUUAAAUGGCUUGGGUUGCAACGAAGCUGAACAUAAAGUAUACAGAUACUUAUAUGAUUAUAUAUAUAUAUAGGAGUUGGGUUUUAAUUUUUGCAAGUGUAUAUCACAAGUUUGCGAAGCGCAUUUGUGGAUAUAAGAUUGUUGCAGGACUAAUUUGUAUCUAUGAUACAAGUACGUACAAUUCACUAUCAACUAAAAGAGUUGUUUUUUUUAACCCACACUUCUCCCCUUUCUUCCUCAUUUGUGACUUGAUAUUCCUUGUAAAGUAGAAGACGAUUGAGCACAGAAUUUGCAUGAUUCUUGUGAUAUUUCCAAAGUAUUGUGUGAUGAAUAGUUUCUGAU